GGUCGGCGCGUGCUGGCGACACGUGCGCACUCGGCGGGAGAACAACGCACGCGCGCAGUUUUCUUCUUCUGCCCCUCACGUGAGCGCGCCUUCGAGCCAAUCGAACCAACAUGGCGGCGUUUGUACAGUUCUCACGCACUGUGACGUAACAGGCCUGUGUUCGCACUUCUGCCGUCUCACGUUGUGUGUGGACGGAGGACGUGUGUUCCCCAGUGUGUGUUUAUGUACGAGGCGCGUGUGCAACGUGUCUGGUUUGUUCGUAAGCGCGUGUAACUGUGGGUGUCUGCGUGAAGGUUUUGUGUGUUUUUUUGGUCGUUUUUUGUUUAUACUCAAGUGUUUACUCCGUGUAUUGUAUACGCGUGUGUGUGUGGUUCCGUGUAUCAUACAUGAAUAUGUUCCGAGUGGACGUGUGUAUGUCUAUGAGGAAUAGAAUUUGGGUUUAAAUCCUUUUGACAGUUGAGCGCGUGUCAAUUGUUUUUUAAUUUUUUAAGAAGGCGGAGGCUGCUGUGUUGUGUACCAAUCGCAUCAGGGUUUCCAAGCAGGGGCGCGGCUUGUGCUGUAUCGGCUUCCGGAAACCUUUUGCUAGCUUUAAGAUGCGUCGGAUAAAACGUUUCGUGAAUGUUUAUUAACGGGAAGUUGACUCAAAUCUUAAUGAUGCAUUUUUAAAAAUGUUUUAGUAAUUAAUAUAUGAUUUAUGUUACGGUUGUUACGUAAAUACACUCGCUAAGAUGGAAAAACAACGAGAGUGUGGGAUGUUUUUGUUUUUCCCGAUGUUUUUGCAGGCCCUGAAGGCAGCAGGGGUGUGGCCAUCCUAUUCAAAUCACCUUUUCCCUGAGCUGUGACGUCAUCCGAGCGGCCCGUGUUGGUUCCAGCUGACAGCGAGAAAGAGAGAGAGAGGUGUGCGUGAGAGAGCGAGAGCAUUGGUUGUGUGAGCAGAGCAGCAUCCCUCCAUCACGUUCAUCUUGUUUCUUCUCCUUUGGAUUUUGGGCUUUUCUUUAUGUUGACACUUGUUCCCUUUUUGUCUUUUUUGAGCGACGACGUCCUCCGUCUUGUCCUUCGCGCAACUUUCACGUGCACGAGACGUCGAGCCCACCGGGCGCAGGGGCGCUCGAGUGGACGCGCGCCCCCGGGAAUCAGCGCGCGUCGGCGGAGGAAGCGACCACAGAGGCCCGCCGGAGAGGAGGCGAGCCCCCAGGGGGGUCUCGGCAGCUAUGGCUUCGUUUCGGAGAUAAGGACGCUUGCUGGCUGCGUGCACGCGCACCUUUUUGACGGCGCGCUAAUUGGAUUAUUUUGAUCUCCAGCGGCUCGUUGGCCCCUUCCCCCCUCCAACUUCCCCGUUCCGUCGGAAGUUAUGUCCAGACCUCUCGCUCAGCUCCUGCCGCCGGAUCUUCCCGCGGGGGCCAGCCCCCAGUUCGGGGCCUCCAACCCGGCCUCGAGCGGCCCCCCGGGUGGACACCUGACGUCCAUGUCCAAUCUCAAGUCCCUCCUCCAGCUGCCAAUCAAAGCAGACCAGAGAGGCGCCAAAGACUGCUGCGAGAUGAAAGAUAAAGACAAACCUCUGGACUCGGAUGAGGAUUCGUUAGGAUUGGGCAGUGGCGGGCCCGGCGGUGGCGGCCUGGGCUCGGCCGCCCUGCGGCCCAAUUCACAGUCGGCCUUUCUGGGCCCGCUGUUGUGGGAGCGAACGCUGCCCUGCGACGGCGGCCUCUUCCAACUGCAGUACAUGGACCUGGAGGAGUUCCUGACCGAGAAUGGCAUGGGCAUGCACGGAAACGGGCCCAGCUCCACCAGCGCGCAGAUCCCCUCACAGAGCUCGCAGUCGGCGGUGCCCAAUCAGAGUUCGCAGUGCCCGCCCGGCUCGCCUUCGCCGUGUUCGUCGUCUUCCUCCGUGUCGUCGUCCUCGUCCUCACUGCUGGGAUUGGAGACCGUCCAACCGCAGCCGCCGCCUCAGCAGCAAGGCAUGAUGGGAGGACCUGAGUGUCUUCACGGCGGUCAGGUGGUGAACCAGGAUGCUUCCCCGAGCUCGAGUGGCCAGUCCGGGUCGUCGGCGACUUCGUCCAAUGGCGGCGGCGACAUCCAGGUGAACUUUGACCCCGACCCGGCCGACGUGGCGCUGUCUAGCGUUCCGGGUCAGGAGGCCUUCGACCCGCGGCGCCACCGCUUCAGCGACGAGGAGCUUAAGCCCCAACCCAUGAUCAAGAAGGCCCGCAAGAUGCUGGUGCCCAAUGAGCAGAAGGACGAGAAGUACUGGAGCCGUCGCGUGAAGAACAACGAAGCGGCCAAGCGCUCGCGGGAUGCGCGUCGCCUGAAGGAGAACCAGAUCUCGGUGCGCGCCGCUUUCCUGGAACGCGAGAACGCCGCGCUGCGCCUGGAGGUGGCCGACAUGCGCAAGGAGCUUGGACGCUGCCGCAACAUCAUCGACAAGUACGAGAGCCGCCACGGCGACCUGUGAGACCGCGGCGACCGGUCGCUGUGACAACAGCAGCACUUUAGCGGAACGCUCCCAGGUUUCCCCGCAACUCGACUUUCCGAUUGACCGCGUCCGAUCAUGUGGUGUUUUUUUUUUUCCUAUGUGGCCGGCCAAACGCCAACUUUACCAGCGGGAGGAAACACGACAAACCGUGUUUUUGCAAUGUGACAAAGUCUAUUUUUCAAGCGGCGACCAUUCAACUUAACAACAACAGCACUUUAGAAGAAGUCCGACAAACGCCGCCGAUAUUUUGUCAGUAUGUCACCCGUUUUGCGACCAGUCACAUCGCGUCGUUUUCUAACGAGUCUAUUUUUCAAACUGACAAACAAAAUAAGCUGGGCAGCGACCAGUCCACUUCACUGCAUUAGCAGUUUGGUGUAAAUCAGGUUUAGGCCAGAAGGGGGCAGCGCAAUGCGUCACCGGUAGGGCUGCCACAAACCGUUGUUUUGACUAAUCAUUAAAUAUUUCUAUAUUUUUAGCCAAUUAAUCAGUUCGUAUAUAUAUCGUGAUUGACUUUUUAUAGAACAUAAAUCAGGGAAUAUUUACUGUAAUUUCUUUUUUAUCUGCUUUUUUUUUUUAAUUAAAAAUAUAACUAGGAAUUUAACCUUUUGAUGCCUGAAUUUACAAAUAUAUAUAAAACAUUGGAGGAAUACCUAUUCAGGUAGUCCCCGGAUUACGACGUUCCUGAUUUACGCGAUUUCGACUUUACGCUGCCAGAGUCUCGUCCGCCAUUUUGUCUCCAGUCAUUUUUUUUAGUUGCAUAAACAGUACCUAAUUGUACCUCACAGUAUCUUAUUUUUUUACUUUACUUUAUUAACCUGAUUUGUUCUGCCGCCACUAUACGUGAAGCUGUUCAGCUUAACACACAGUAAAGGAAUUAUGCUUUUUCAAGCCUUUUACAGUUUUGACAAUUUGUAAAGCUGUAACACACACGUACACGUCUGUUCAAAACGACUGGCAUUUUAACAAUAAAACACUCGACACAAAACGAUUGGUGUUCAAACGUUCAUCUAGUCUAAUCAAAAUGUAAAAUCAGUAGAUCAAAUUAGCCAAAUUUGCCUCACAAAAGUCUGCUUGCUUAAAUGGUACGAAUGCUAACGUACUUACUUUUCUCAUAGCAAAUUGCUCAUACAUAACUCCACAAACUAUGGCUCUAAACUUAAUUACAAACGCAUACACAAAUAUUAGCUGAAACAACUUACAGCCUUAUGUGGACCAAACCAAAACGCAGCUGUCUAUCCAUGUGAGACAUCUAAGUGCUCCUGAAUGGAAGCAUUUUUAAACGACAUCCAGCCAGACCCAACGCUGCCACCAGUGUAUCCUCCAUCAUUAAACAAAAUACAAUACUUUUGGACUUUUUGGAGUUAUUUUGAAAUUUUAAAGGGUUACUUGCAUGGAAAUUCGGGUUACGUUGCCAGUGUAGGAACCGAAGUAUUCGUAUCCUGGGGACUACCUGUAUAGUAUUAAUAAAAAAUACUGUAUAUGGAAAAUUAAACUCAGAACGUAAACCUAGAAAACAAAUUUAAAAAGUUAUUUAGCUCAUUGCCUGCCAUUGACAAAGAUAGACGUCCAAUUCAUUGAAACUGUGAGGACUGGCAAUUGUUUGACUGCCAUUGACCGUGCUAGAUGUCCAAUCCGUUUUGACUGGGAGGUGCGAAUUAAGAUUAAGGGGAUCCACGGAUAGAAAGACUUGUAGUUCUGAAACGAUAAACGUUAUUAUAAGUUAAAACAAUUUGAUGUUAAAACCCCUUUUGACAUUUUCGUUUUAUACAAUUUAUUAAAAUUACUUUAACUAGAAGGUCGCCAUUGUUGUUGACGUCGCACGGUGGUGACGUCACUGGGUUACGCUGCAGGGCUUCCAGAGUAUGACUCUAGCGUCAUAAACAUGUCAUCUAUUCAACCCUUUGAAUUUGAACCCGAGAGGAACAUUAAUGAGCAUGACAGCACUGUCGAUAUUUCAGCAAAAGCAAAAUGAACAGGAAAGACGGGAUAAGAUGAGACCAGAGUAUGGCAAACCCGGUGUUCUGUCAAAAUGUGCUACACCAGCGAAAUGUCCUACAAGAGGCUAAUUUGACACCCAAAAUGCUACCGUGCGCUUGCAGCUUGUUUAGUUGCAUAGGAGAACAUACGAAAGAUGCCUUAAGAAAAUGCUUCAAUGUAGUUAUAUCAAAUAAGGACGGUUUAAAUACGCUACGUGACUAAUGUGGUCAAGUGCUUUAAAGCUACCACAAAAAACACAAUGGUUAAAAGUAUGAGAGGGAAAUAUUUAAAAAACAUUUAAAAGUAUAAAAUAUUUAAAUUCUACUAGUACAUAAUCAAGCUACAAAUUGAAAUUAGGGCUGUCAAACGAUUAAAAUUUUUAAUCGAGUUAAUUACAGCUUAAAAAUGAAUUAAUCGUAAUUGAUCGCAAUUCAAACCAUCUAUAAAAUAUGCAAUAUUUUUCUGUAAAUUAUUGUUGGAAUGUAAAAAUAAGACACAAGACUGAUAUAUACAUUCAACAUACGGUACAUAAGUACUGUAUUUGUUUAUUAUAACAAUAAAUCAACAAGAUGGCAUUAACAUUAUUAACAUUCUCUUAAAGCGAGCCAUGAAUAGAAAGACUUGGAGUUCUUAAAAGAUAAAUGUUAGUACAAGUUUUAGAAAUUUUAUAUUAAAACCCCUCUAAAUGUUUUCGUUUUAUUAAAAUUUGUAAACUUUUCAAUCAAAAAAUAAACUAGUAGCUCGCCAUUGUUAAUGUCAAUAAUUACACCAUGCUCACUCAUGGUACUAACCCAUAAAAUCAGUCGCACCCAAGCGCCAGCAGAGGGCGCCAAACACCAAAAAACAAGUAACAAGCGGACAUUACACUGUACUGUCAUUUUAAUCUGUUUGAGCGGGGCAUGUGCGUUAAUUGCGUCAAAUAUUUUAACGUGAUUAAUUUAAAAAAAUUAAUUAACGGCCAGUAACGCGAUAAUUUUGACAGCCCUAGUUUAGAUGCAUACAUUGGUGUGUGUUGGACGUCUCGGUGCGUAGAAGGAAUUGCAGAACACCGGUAGUGUUAGGAUAAAACAUGGCGCCCUCCAUAGGUCAAAACAUGUACUAAAUAUUAUAUAUUUUUUAAUAAAUGGCAAUAUUUUAUGUGUUUCUAAUAACAUAUUUUAGUAAAAGAACAAUUUUGGCUCAUUAGAGCCUACAAGUCUUCAAAUCUGAGGUUCCCUUUUAGGUUAAUCGCAAAAUGAUUUGAUAAAUGCCCAAUCCAUUUUGACUAGGAGAGGCUAAAAAAAACGAGUUUGAGGUUAAUAUCUAUAGGCGAUUAAUCAUCUAUUAAAAUAAUUUGAUCAUCAAAUUAAUCGUGGCAGCCCUAUGGCCGGUUCUCACCCGUUUUUCGUCAUUUUGACCAAUUUACCAUCUGACAUCGGGCGUCCGCUCGCGUCUCGGCAGCAAGCGCCGCGUCAUCACUUUAGCGUCCGGUCGCGUUGUUUUCUACGUGUCAAAGUCUAUUUUUUAAGCGGACAAACAGAAAGUGGCGUGGCGGCCAGAGAUGGAUGUCUAUUUUUCUACGAGCAGACCGGCAGGACUUUUCUAGAUUUUCUAUUCCGGGCGGGAGGACAGGCGGGCGACCGGUCGGCAGAACAGAAUGUAUCUCGUCCAAUCAGGGAUUUCCUACGGUGCAAGAGGCGGGGCUUAGUAACCAUUGUGAGAUGGAAGACGGGAACAGACGCUCGUUAUUUUGCUUUUUCUUCUCUUUUUUUCGACUCGUUAACUCAUUGGUUGCCAUUGACGGCGAUAGACGUCCAGUUGAUUUGAGCUAACAGUGUGAGAUAUGAUAGAUUAGUGGCAAAAUUAGUCGACAUAUCAUCUGCCAGUGACGUUUGAGUGCCAUUGAUGGCAAAAAAAUGUGUUAGAAUUCAUAGAUGAAUCAAAAAUUAAUCUUUAAUUACUGAAAUCAUCGAUUAAACUAAAAAAAAUUCACAACAUUUAUCAAAUGAAAUCAUCGAUUAAUCGCGAAAUUUUCAUAGUUAUUAGCUCUUUCACUGCUCAUGAUCAUGUUUCAGUGCCAUUGAAGGCAGUAGAUGUCCAACCCAUUUUGACAGGAAAGGCUGGAAGCAUUAGAAUUUAUAGAUUAAUCGCAAACUGAGAUUGAUCUCAAUCAAAAUUAUUCUAAAGAUUAAUUAGAGAUCGACCGAUAUGGGUUUUUAAAAUGCCGAUGCCAAUACCGAUAUCAAAAUUUUUUUUAGCCAAUUGCCGAUAUUCAAAGCUAAUUUUGUACGGCGAUAUUUGAGGCUGAUCGUUUUUGUUUAAAAAAGUAUAUUCGUACAAGUACAUUAUUUAUCAAAUAAUUAAACCCACCAGGACAUUAUGACGAGAUUUAAACAAGUGAGAGUAUGCCUAGAGGAUACCUGCCAUGCUAAAGCUAACGCGAAUGCUACGCUAACACUAAGAGUUACAUUUAGAGUGUAAUGAUCACUCAGUAAACACCUUAAAAGGCUAGCACGCCGGUGGACAAAAGCGGUAGUGUUUUGCCUUAAGGAAGACUUCGUUUCCUACGAGGACCACCUCAUACCCGCAGUGUCGUAAAAUCACCAAUCAAUCAAAAAUCAGUCUCGCCUGCAGAUAGAUUAAACAACAUUUCUGUUUCCAGCGGCUGUGUGAAGGAUGGAUAGUAAUAAGGUAAUGAAUCCAGUUGUGGCUAAACAAUAGCAUAUGAUGGUUAGCAACUGUGUGGCUUCGUGUGGCUAACCCUCCUCAAAGUUAAUUAGUGCCGGUGAAAGCGAUACAGACCCCCUCAAGAUAUAAAAGCGGUGUCAUUCUAUGGGGCGCCGUUUGUAAAGCAGCACAUGCUGAAAAUUACGACGACAUUUUCUCACAUUUAAGUGUUUAAAAUGUGUGAAAAUUUAGUCACUUUUUUUUUUUGGCGCAUUUGCAACAUUAUUUAGUAAAUUAGAUAUUUAUUUUUAAAUAAUACGUUAUUGAAUUUUUCAAUCCAGAACUAAAUAUUUAAUUUAUAAACUAAAAAUAAAUCUAAACCUUACAUAUAUAUCUUGAAUAUAUAUCUCAAAUCUAAUGUUAAAUCUAAAUCCCAAAUCUUAAUCUUAAAUCAAAAUAAACCUUAAAUAUAAAUCCUAAAUAUAAAUCUUAAAUUUGAAUCUUAUACUUAAAUGUAAAUCUCAAAUAUAUAUCUUAAAUGUAAAUCUUAAACAUAAAUCCUAAAUCAUGAAACGGGUGAAACUAAAUAUUUAGCUAACAUGCAAACACAGUCUGAGCUGCUCCAAUUUUUAUUUUGUUACUUCUAGCCACCAGUCAUAUGAAUUUGCAUAUUAGAUAAUUUUUCAGUUUCACCCGUUUCAAGAAUUAAGAUUCAACAUUUACAUUUACGAUUUAGAUUUGAGAUUUAUAUUUAAGAUUUACAUUUAGGAUAUAUAGUUAAGAUUUACAUUUAAGAUAUAUUCAAGAUUUAGAUGUAAGAUUUAUAUUUAACAUUUAGAUUUAAGAUGUAUAUUUAACAUUUAGAUUUACCAUUUAGCUAUAACAUUUAGUUUAAGGUUUUAUAUUUAACAUUUAGAUUUAGGAUUUGGAUUUAACAUUUAGAUUAAGGAUUUAUAUUUAACAUUUAGAUUUAAGAUAUGUACAUAAGAUUUAGAUUUACAUUUAGGAUUUAAAUUGAAUAUUUAGUUCUGGAUUUAGACAUUUAAGUCUAAUACUUAGCAAUUUAAAUAUUUAUUUUUAAAUAAUAACUCAUGUUUUGAAUGUGCAAAAAAAAUGACAAAAAUUUUCACACCACAUUUUAAACAUUGAUGUGGCGCUAAAUGUGAGAAAAUUUGGCGUAAUUUUCAGCAUGUGCUGCUUUGCAAAUGGCGCCCCAUAUCAUUCAAGUAGUUGUCAGUCGACAUAUUAUCACAAAUGUUAUGAAAAUAUUUUUAUAAAGGUUGAAAAGUUACUAGGUAUUAUCGCUAAUUGUAUUUUGACGCCCCACUGGAUACUUUACUAACGAUAACGCUCACAUAACAAAUCCCAAGCAUCUUAGUUUGGAGACACCUAAUGGCAAAUAAACAUAACUGCUGUACUAAACUGUGACCAACCCUUGUACAAAGCCUGAAGCGGCUACCCGAUAAAACUGGACAACUCUAUCCAAAACGAAUCGCCGUCAAUGGCAACCAACGAGUCGAGCAACUUCUUUCGCCGCGUCAUAUUGGCUCACGGGUCGCCGCGGUAACAGAAGGCACGCACGGACGGCACUUUCUCUCGCCACGUCUGCGUUUUUAUUAAACCCGUGAACAUUUGGACAUGUGCACACACACACACAGCCACAAUAUACAUGUAUGUUGUUUUGGACUCGGAUGGUGCUGAUCUGAAACUGUCCAAUACAUGACAGAGACACAGAAUAUAUACUGUAUAUACAAAUGCACACUAAACACACACAGUUCAUCUACUUUUCCUACUUACACAGACACACAUCGUCGUUGUUGUUUUGGACUUUUGCUGGUGCUGAUCUGAAACAGUCCUUCACCUGCCAGAUAUACACACACACAGUAAACUGCCUAUUAACCUUUUGUUUGUGUUUGAGUUGCUCUUCUUCUGUUUGUGUAUCAAUGGAAGCGUAUGUAAAAUUCCACGUCUAUACCUCCUACCUUCGAAGCUUUCCAGCCAUCAUGGAUGCUCCCUACUGAUAUUCUCACUACACACAUGUAUAUAUGUAUGUAUAUACUUUUAUAUUGUGUAUAUACAUACAUAUGUACCUAUAAAAUAUAAAUAACCAAUAUGUGUAUAUGAUAUAUGCUUGAACUAUGUGAUUCUAGUUGUAAUAUACAUCAUUGAAUAUAACGCCGAGGAUAUAAAAAACAUUUUACGGUCUUUUUUCUCUCAGGUAUUUUUGUCUGAGUUAUUAAAUACACAUAUUAAAAGAUUCUACGCAAAAAAGAAAAAAAGUUGAACGCUUGCUUGCACAUUUUGUGGCCAGUUGUUGACAAUUGUUUUCUUCGGCCACAAAUCAGCUGGGAAUAUCUCCACCGCAGGCGCUCGCUUGAGUGUUUUUCUUCUUUCUUUUUUUUUGUUGGAAGAUGAAAACCAAACCAAGCCUGAAAAAAUACAAACAAAAAAAUAAUAAUAACCAAAAAGUUGAAAUCAAUUUUCAGCUUUUACUGUGCUCGCUGUUGUUUAUUCCUUCUUCCAAUUUCCUGUUAUUCUCUCGAUUCACUUGAAUUCCGUGGAGCCCCGGUGCAUCCUGGGCGACGCGGUUCCGAUGUUGUUGUCCACUUUUACCGAGGAAUCUAUUUACUACACCGACAUGUAUGUGCGUGUGCGUACGUCUUUUCUAUUUUUGGGGGGGCUUUUCAGAUUUGCUCGUUUUGAGACUUUGGGACUUUUCUAUGUGGGUGUGUGAAUAGUGGUGGGCUCCUCACAGGUAACCAUGGCGACGAUAAUCACAGCCUCCUUGUUUUCCUUCAAAAUUAUGUGGAUGACUACGCCCUCUUCUGGUGAACGGGAACAACUCAACAACGACACCCUUUUAUGGUGACCACGAUAGCGUUUUGACACCAAUAAAAUGUUCUCCUUUCCACCA